AUGUUGAUGUCAAGUUUUUUUUUUCGUCAUGGCACGGUGGAGUCAUCACUCUCAGAGUGCGAAUAUAGAACAGCAGCUAUCGGGUGUGGUGAUAGCAACAAUAAAGGAGCCGGAGUUACAUGCGUCUAUAGAACAACCGAGGGAGCAACGCCCAAAUCCCCAGCCGGAGAUGUAGGAUCUGACGCCCAAGGCUCAAAUUCAGGAACGUACAUUGGACUAGCAGUAGGAUGUGUCUUGUUCGUCGUGUGCGUUAGCGUUAUUGUCGUCUGUUUUCUGAAAAGACACAAGAGACAAGAUAAACCCACACCCACAGCCACCUUGCACCCGUCUGCCGGCUCCCAACAACACAGCAACACUCGGCAAAUUCCAGCUCCUUCAGCUGGAGGUGAGGUGGAUGACCACUACUACUCGUCUGCCAAACUGGACACCACCAAACCGUCUGAUCCUCCGGAAGACAGCGUGUACACGUACGCAGAUGCGCCGAGAGGCGGUGCCAACAACAGACCACCAAACACCGACUUUUUCAUGAUUGAGGAAGGGGGUAACUCCAUGGGUUCCCCCCAGCAACCAGCGAUUGAGAGCGAGUAUGCCUACGCAGAUCCCACCCAGCUUCGUGAGGAGUCGCCCGACGAAACCGAAGGAUGGGUGGAAAAUAUCGUGUAUGUUGCGGGUCCGUAAAAUAGGCCUCGCGAAAAGAAGCAACUAAUCACAAAACCCUACCCUACCUAAGCUAAGUAAUAGGCCUCGCGAAAAGAAGCAACUAAUCACAAAACCCUACCUAACCUAAGCUAAGUAAUCAAGACCUCACGGGUCUAAUGAUCACAAGUGACUUAGAAGUCAUCCUGUCCGAAGUCGAGUAAAAUGCUGUACAAAAUGAACCCUUAAGAUCACAUUUUCUUGUGACAUUAUUCAUAACAACUCUGCCCAAUGUGUCCAUCAUUAUGUGAUUAUGACAUUAUUAUGUGAACAUGAUGUCUGGAGAAAUAAUCUGAGAGUAGGUGAAGGGCAAAACACAAUAUUGUACAUAUGAAUUUACAUGACGUCACCCCCGACGAAAAAAAUCCAUUUGAUGAAUAAUUUGAGAGCACCCAUCACAAACGAGGCUUAAGUAUUAUUUUUCUGUUUUGAUUGUGUAUAUCAAUAACAAGUUCCAAUUUAUUCGAGGUAGUACUAUUUUGUACCAAAGAAUAAACAGCUUUUCACUCUUGGACAGUCGCUGCCACACUAUAUCGACUUUUUUUGUUAAAUAGAACAUAUUGGUACAUAUUAUAGUUUGCAGUACAUUGCCUUUCCAUUACUGUUAUCCAGCUGUACGUACAUUUUGAAUAAUUAUAAUUGCUUGAUAAUCGUUAAAAAUAUAAAAUGUAUAUAAUUUAAGUCGCCAAAAAAAAUUACUUCCACUUAAACAAUAUUUUGAUGCUAAUGUAAAAUUUCCAAUCUA